AUGAAAGCAUUUCAAGUCUCCAAGCUCGCCCAUCCCAACGACAUAUCAGCGUACGAUUCUCCCACCCGAGUCUCCGCCGUGGGCAAUGGGCUUACGCUGAUGGCCAUCAGGUCCGACAUCCCCAUCCCCAAAGCUGAUGGAAGCAAGGGCCAGGUCCUGCUUGACGUGAAUGCUGCUGCGCUGAAUUUCUUCGAUAUCCUUCAGUCUCAAGGCCUUUACCAGACAAAGCCACCGUUGCCAUUCGUGCUCGGAGCCGAAGUGGCUGGAACCAUCUCCAAGACUUCGCCCAUUCCCGAAGGGUGUCCGUUCAAACCUGGUGUAGACAGAGUCUUUGGUAUCACCCAAGGGGCCUACGCAGAACACGCCAUGGCCGAAUGGAAACGCCUCAUGCCCAUCCCUUCGAACCUGUCCAUGGCGCAAGCUUCGACAGUGCCUCUCACCGCUACGACCAGCUAUCUAGGUAUCGUGAUCAAGGGACAGGCCAAGCCGGGAGAGUGGGUGCUGGUACAUGGGGCUGCCGGCGGCGUGGGUUUGGCUGCUUGCCAAAUUGCAAAGGCUGUGGGAUGCAAGGUCAUAGCAGCUGCUUCGACGGAUGCCAAAAGGCAGUUCUGCGUGGACAAGGGUGGUGUUGAUGAAGUCGUCGACUAUACCAAAGACGGAUGGCAGAACGAAGUGAAGAGGAUCACCGGCGGUAGAGGUGUGGACAUUGUGUACGACCCUGUGGGACUUGUCAUCCCGAGCUUGAAAUGUGUAGCUGCCAACGCGAGGAUAUUGGUCAUCGGCUUUGCUGGAGGCACAAUCGAAAAGAUACCCGCGAAUCUCCUCUUGUUGAAGCAGGCCAGUGCAGUAGGUGUAUACUGGGGCGCAACUACAGAGAAUGACCCAGGGACUGCCACUCAAGUCACCAAAGGCGUCCUCAAACUCCUCUCCACCAACGAGAUUCGCCCCGUCGUGCAUUCUACCAUUUACCGCGGGCCUGGCGAGGUCUUGAAGGGGUUGAAGGAUAUUGAGAAUAGGAAGAUCUGGGGAAAGGGAGUUGUCGUGAUACGUGAAGAAGAUGGGGCGUUGAAAGCCAAAUUAUAG